AUGUCAAAAGCUCAUCAUGAACCACGCGUGAUUAAUUUGGAGACACAAAGGGUACCGUAUUACAAAGAGAAGUCGCAAAUCAAGGUCCGGUGGAAUCAAUUUCUACAUAAUGUUCGGUAUUUUGGCCAGCACUGGAGAUACCGGAUAUAUGUUCGGUCAGCCGUUGGCAUACUUGUUUAUACUGCUGGAUUAUAUACUUUUAUUUAUAAUAUCUAUGGAAAUGAACAUCCACUUAAUCGGUAUCAGUGGAGACGGAUGAAAAAAAAUGGUCAGUUAAGCGAGGAGAUGUUGCAUAAGGAAGAAAUACUUCGAAGUUUUGUAAGAAGCAAACUCAAUAGCACGUUUGAUUCGGAAUCAGUGUAUUCCUUACAAAAUCAAGGUUCCAGUCGGGUAUUUUAA